ACUGGAUUGAGGUCAUCCUACUCUCAGUUAGGUGCUCCAUCCUACCCAUCAUCGUCACUACCCUCACAACCCUAUGGCGGCAAUUAUGGAUCGUCUGGUCCAGGAGGAGGCUACAGCAUGUUUAGACUCUGAAUUAAUUGUAUGUGAUGAUUUUGCUCAACGGGACUCUGCCGAUUGCAUUUGCCGGUACAGAAGAGCCAGCUGUGUAUGCAGAAUUGAUCUCCAUUGGGAGCAUUGGACCGGGUGUUGACGGGAAACUGAGUUCAACCAUUGCACAAGUUCUGGAAACUAAGCUCUCCAUUGAUAGCUCCCGCUCAUAUAUCAAAUUUUAUGACGUUGAGCGGUCCUUCUUCGGGUUCAACGGCUCAACAUUUUGAUCACCGCUCUUCUUUUGUUAAUAUUUUCAUCGAGUUCUCAAUGCUGAUGCUGGCAAAUGGCCUUGUUAGUUGUUUCAUCCCUCAGUUGCAAUUUUGUUGUUUUAUUAGAUGAAACAAGUCUUCGUGUUUAAAAUUUCAAACGACGAUGUACCUAUUAUCAAAGCAUAGAGGAUGCGCUCAGGUGCGUUUUU